CUUUCCUUAAACAUCACAGUUGGACCUUCUAGCUUCCUUUACACAGACUUCAGGCUUCGUGUGAUAUUUUGUCUCCCAGUCAAAAUCCUGCAGAUGGCGCCGGUUUAGAGCAGCUGUCCCUCAAGUUGAUUACCCACUAGAAAGCCAUCUAGGAAGGUUCGCAGGAUUGCUUGAGCAUGGAGGACCCCGAGGCAGAGGACCUGCAGGCCUUCGAGCUGCGACUGGCCGAUCUGGUGAAGGAGGACAAGCCGCACUCCUUCCGGUGGCGCCUCGUUUUUGGAGCGAUCUUCGCCUGCUCGGCGAUCAGCGCCUGCCACUGGAUGCGGAGCGACAAGGAGAGUGAGGGAGAGUGGCUGGUGCUCCGCAUCCUCUCCAGCCACGGCGUCUUCGCCUUCUCGCUGGCCACCAUCUGCUUGUUAGUUAUCUACGGCAUCAACCACGUCACCAAGCAGAGUCCUCGUAUCUUGAGGGACACCCGUGAGAUGCUCAGCCCCUUCCGACUGGACUGCGACAACCAGGGACGCCUCAUCCUGCUCCCAGAACACAUCGAGUAGCUGCACCAUCCUACGGACUACUAUCACCCAAUACCUAUCCAUCAAUCACCUGUUGAAAGUAAACUAUUCCGCAGUUCGAUAGAUCGACGAGCAACCGAGUUUAAACGGGAUUCAAUACUAUCUACUUCGACUGCGACACAAUUUCCUGGAAAUCAGUUAUAUUUCUAUUAUAUAAAGCGCUCUGAAUUUAAUCGUUUUUCAUAACAAAUUAUUAAAAAUUGCGUUACGUACCUUGAUGAUGAGGAA